CUCUGCGUGCGGUGACCACACCUGCAACCGGGAAAGUCCGCUAGACCUGCGCACGGUUCAGUAAGCGCGAGAGGCACACACAAUCACCAUCGGAGGCUCCACAUCGGAGAAAGGUAGUCAGUCUAGUCAUAAUUAUUUUGAUUAUUGAGACUAUACUGUUUCAAACCGUCCUUUCACGCACCAAACGCGCGGCAUAUGGUUUGGAUUUGGAAAUACCUCCCGGCGCAGGAACGGAGAUUUGUGGAGUCGUUCCGUUUCGAGGAUGAACAGCGACUGGGAAUGUGCCAGCACCACGCACAGUUUGUGACUGAUGCAGGCAAGCUACUGUAGAGCCAGGUGGCUGAGGUCUCGGCAGGGAGUCAGUGCAAGCUGAGAGGGGUAGUACCAUCACCGUCAACAUCACUAGGUCCUGCUGAAGAGAGAUUGAAAACAACAUCAGGUAUCCAUCAGGCUGCAUUUGGUCCCUGAGCUCUGAGGGUUCAAUGACAGGACAUCCUCUCAGAGUGCAGUGGACUACCUGAUGGACCCUGUGAUCCACAAAGAGGACCUGUAAUCAAGUGAGAAGGAACUGUGAUCCGGUGAGGUGUCCAGUGAUCCAUCUGCUGUGAUUCACUGAGGACUCUAUUGAGAUCCACUCAAGAUUUCCAGAGAGAGAGAACGGUGUUCCACUGAGAGUUCCAGGGAUUCAGCUUGUGUCCUGGUAGAGUUCUCUGGUGAGCGUGUCUGUCAGGCUGGGAGGAUCAGGAUGCCAGAGCUGGAGGACUUCCCUCCGUCGCGGGGUGGCCAGCCGGCCGGUCCCGACCCUGCUCAGAUCCAGCGCAGUGUUCUGGAUGAACAGGUGGAGCUGUGGUGGUUCCGGGACCCGGCCAAGUCUCUGCUGUGCUACUGUGUGGCGGUCCUCCUCAUCCUGGGCUGCGGCCUGGGUGGCGUGCUUCUCCUCUCCACCACCACCAGUUUCUCCAGUGACUGGCGCAUGGGAGCGGGCAUGGCCCUCUGUCUCUUAGCCCUGGCCGUCCUCCUCAAACAGCUCCUGAGCUCGGCCGUGCAGGACAUGAACUGUGUGCGCAGUCGCAGGCGGAUCGAUAUCCUUAAGAGCGGAGGGCUGUCGGAUCUGUUAGUAGUGCUCAUCACAGGGCUGUGUCUGGUGGUCUGUGGGGCUGUGCUGCUGAAGCUGGCUUUGGAGCACCACAUGCCCCAGCCGGGCGUGGCCCUGAACGAUAUGUACAUCUCUGGGGUGGUGUUGUUAGCUGGAGGGGGGGCAGCGGUAGUGGGGGUAGGGGUGUACACAGGGGUGGUGAUGCUGCUGGAGAGGACCAGGCCGGGCCAGAGGUUUAGGGACAGGGCUGCUGGGCUGUUCACUAUCUCUGGACGACACAUGGACCAGGGUAGGAGAGAGACCACCUCUAGCCUGGCUAACCUCAUCUGACCACCAGAGACAUGGGAUGGGACAGGUAGCCCAGACAGGAGAUGACUGCGACACUCAUAUGGACCAGAUCUGAUCUGUGGGAGAGGCGCACUGGGGGAGGGUUGGAGCUUAUUGGCCAGCUCUGGUUUGAGGUAUGUGGCCUUGUAGUUUCUGGGCCACGUUUGUUCUGAAUGUGGGCCACAUCCACCUUGCUGUCAGGGAAGGACCAAUGGACAUCACAUUUGAAAAUGGCAUUUUAGCAUAAUGGCCAUCUUGGAAAGCCACUAUAUGUUCAUUGAGUUGUUGAUUACCACAGCACCCCUGUGGUUCUUCAAACAAUGGAAUUUUGCAGGAUCAUGAAAUACCAUGAGGAAUACAGAGCUGUGUCAACACAUGAUAUUUUUACGGUUCAAGCAUGGGCCAUUUUAUGAGCCCAGCAGAGCACCUUUCUAUGAUGUGGAAUGAAGAGAAUACCAGUGACACUGCACAGACACCGGACACUGAACACGGUGCAGAGAUAAUGAUUCAUAAUGUGUCCAAUGUAAUAAUGAUAAUAUCAUCCACUACAAAGCAGAAGGUGAAAAAGCUGAUGUAAGGAAUAAUCAGAUCAUAGAAUAAUGUACCCAGCAUCUCCAAACUUAAUCAAAGUGAUCAAUGAUACAUUUUGUCACCUUUUGAUGUCACAGGUUUACAGCAGUGUUGGGUGGUCAAAGACCUCCAUUAGCAAGCUGUGUCAUCACUCACUUUGCUUUGCAACGCUUACCAGGAAUCUGAGGAGAACGUCCUGCAUUGUUGCCAUGGUUAAAGGGUACAAUGUGGUUUCAUUAAACAAAGCGUCUAUGUGCUUGGAUGCUGUUCUUGGAUUUAA